AUAAUUGUAGAGUCAAAUAACGCCUGAGCUCUUCCUCCGUUGAGAAUAUCGAAUCGUGAUUUGUGUCUAGAUAAGGAAGGGCGCGGAAGUGGACGGGUAGCUGCGCCUGCUGUUACAUUCAUCUAUAUAAACACCUUGUACAAGAGCUCUAUUUGAAUUUUUUUGGUGUUUCUACUUUUACUUUUUCAACAAUGAUUACUCCAAGUCCUGAAGUCGUGGGUGACGAGGUUUCGUGUCCAUCUAUUAUUGAAAUACCUUCAACAAAAGAACCUUUGUCAGAGAAUGCUUUACUUGGACCAUUUCGUAAAAUUAUUAAAAUCACCGGACUCGACUGCUCUCUGAUUGCUCGUGCCGAGUUCAAUCCAUCCCUACGAAUCAAGUCGAUUCUGACAAGAAUAGUGGCUUUAGUCGUCGUUGCAAUUGUUUUCUUUCGAAUGGCAAUUUACUCAAAAGCAGAAGGAGCAUGUCUAUCACUUGCCUGGGCAGAAGGAAACAUGUUCCAGUUUAUGGCACUUCAAACAAUUGUCUGUGCACUUUGUCUUUUUGGAUGGACAAAAAAUUCGUUUAUUUCAAAGCAUCUCGGGAGGCUCGAGAAAGUCAGAUCUCUACGAAUCAAGGAAAAUAUUGAAAUGGAUAACUACUCCAACACACAUCGAAAAGCUUUCAUAUGGUCUGGAUUUUAUAUUGCGGCGAUAAUGAGCCAUGCAAUCAUGAGUUCUAUAGCUCAAAAAAUUUUAAUUGCAAACAAAACAGUCAUAGCUCCCUUGUACAUCGCAAUGGUUUUUAUAAAUCUUCUGUCAUGUUUCAUAGUUGCAAUUUGUCUCAUUUAUUAUUUUCUGGUCAAUCUUUCUCUGAGUCGAGAAAUUCGAUAUUUUAAUACUGAAUUGGAAGACGCAAAACAAGGAAGACGCCUACAGAUUUCUGGAGUUUUAUCUGAUUUCUGUCAUCGACAAGCAGAAUUGAUCCGCGUUGUUAGAGAAACCAAUGAAUCGCUGCAGAGUUAUGCUACUGUUGCUCCGUUAUUUGCAUUCAAUAGUUUAAUUAAUGCAGUUUUUAUUGCCAGUGGAUUCAGCAGUUCACUUCCCCCUGUCGUUUUUGGCGUACUUCUUUUUGAUUUGUUCGCUGUAAUUGGCCUAACAUUCUUCACACUGCGACCAGCUAGCAAUGUCCAAUACGACCUAGCUCAGACAGCCAGAAUACUGAUGGACAGCGAAGAAUUCGAAGGAUCACAGGACGUAGAAGUAUUCAAGGCUUAUCAAGUGAUGAUCAACAGAUCUCUGAAGCAUACUGCCCAUAUUCGAGUUGUUGGAGCCAUUCCAAUUUAUCCAACAAGUGCUCAUUUUGCCUUCCUUCUUAUUCCAAAUUUGGGAAAUAUACUCGCAAUUGUUAGAAAAGUUCUUGUAGAACAAGGAAUUCAGAUUUGAGUUUAUAGUUUGAAAAGUUUAAAUAUUUAUUCUUGUUAUGCCUCCACAUUCUUGCCAUUUUCGAAAUUUACUUUGCUUAAUACUACCAAUGAUCUCUCCACGUCUUUUUUUCAAUUUUUUUGUAUACCUUUCUUGUAAAUAAAAAAUUUAAUUUCAAAAA